GUCAGAUACGUUAAUAAUGUAUCAAUCAGCUUGACUUGAUGAAAAGACCCUAUGCCGUGGAGACAACUUCAUCACAGGCCAGCUGGCGACGGGAAGACCUUCACCCCGCUGCCCUAGCGAAGGUGCAACUCUUAAAAGUCCGAUUGGGUUGCGAUGAGGCCUGCAACCAAAUGAAUUGGAAGCAGAAGCUCGUAGUGGCUGGUGCGCGAAAUGUCUGAAAUGUCUGACGACUCCACAUAUGACAGGGCCUUUAUUCUCAAUUUUGUCAAAAUUUUUCUUCCUGUCUCAUUUUUCCUUGUCUCAUGUUUAGUACUGUUGUACUACUAUUCACGAUUUAAGCUGAAAAAAGGCCAACCACAACCAAGGGUAACGAAGCAUGGAGAUAUAUUCUCAAUAUGGAAUUUUGAUGGAAGAAUUGCAUAUGAAGACAUCAUCGAAGCAACAAAUGACUUCGACAUCAAAUACUGCAUUGGGACUGGAGGUUAUGGGAGUGUUUAUAGAGCACAAUUGCCUAGUGGGAAAGUAGUUGCCUUGAAGAAACUUCAUCGUUUGGAAGGUGAAGUGCCAGCUUACGAUAAAAGUUUUAGGAAUGAGGCAAGCAUUUUAUCAAAAAUAAGGCAUCGAAAUAUUGUGAAGCUCUAUGGAUUCUGCUUACACAAUCGAUGUAUGUUUCUGGUUUAUGAGUACAUGAAGAGGGGAAGCCUUUUUUUGGUCUUGAGAAAUGAGAUUGAAGCUCUCGAGUUGGAUUGGAUUAAGAGGGUGAAUGUGAUCAAAGGAAUUGCCCAUGCUUUGUCUUAUAUGCAUCACGAUUGCAAUCCACCCAUUCUUCAUCGUGACAUAUCAAGUAACAACAUUCUUUUAAAUUCAGAUUUGGAUGCUCGUGUGUCUGACUUUGGCACUGCUAGAUUGUUGGAACCAAAUUCGUCCAACCGAACCAUAAUGGCGGGCACUUAUGGAUAUAUUGCUCCAGAACUUGCCUUCACCAUGGUUGUGACUGAAAAAUGUGAUGUUUAUAGCUUUGGAGUUGUGGCACUAGAAACACUCAUGGGAAGGCAUCCGGGAGAACUUCUCCAAUCAUUGGCAUCAGCAUCUACUCAGAGUAUAAUGCUAAAUGAUGUGUUAGACGCACGGCUCCAAGCUCCACCACGAGGAAUGGUUGCACGGGAUGUUGUUCUGGUUGCUACAUUGGCAUUUGCUUGCUUACAUUCUAAACCUAGGUCUCGGCCGACAAUGCUGCGCAUCUCUCAGGAGUUUCUUGCUAGCAGGUACUCACUAACUAAACCUCUGCAGAAAAUCUCACUAUCGCAGCUAAUGAAUCAAGAUACAUAUUUGAUCAAUUGAUCAUGUAAUCUUUGUAUUAGUCACUACAAAAUACAGAAUGAUAGGGUUAAUUUCUAGCUUGCUGGAUUUCCACUAGUUAUUUGACUUUAUGCAUUUGUAUUACUGGUAGUCUAAUAAAUCAAGAUGUUCAUCUGUUCAAUUGAUCCAUUAAA